UCUGGAUGCUUGUCACAAAGUUACCGCGUAUAUUCUUGCACAACCAGCCUGUAAUUGAAAACAAAUCGGAUUCCGAUGCAGCUACUAAGUUUAGCCUUCCAGUCAUAGAUUUAGGAGGCUCGGGCAAAAGUGCAGCUCAACGAGCUGAUAUUGUCCGAGAAAUAAAGGAUGCUUGUGAAAACUGGGGAUUUUUCCAAAUUGUCAACCAUGAAAUCCCAUCAAGUGUUAUGGAGAAAUUACUAGAAGGCGUUCACCAUUUUCAUGAGCAGGAUCCUGAGGUGAAGAAAGACUUCUACUCUCGUGAUGUCACGAGGAAGUUCACCUAUAAUACAAAUUUUGAUCUACACAAAGCCUAAACAGCUAAUUGGAGAGACACCUUUUACU